AUGCUCGUAAAAAGUAAUUUAUUUGCCAAAAAAUACUGGCCUAUUGCAACGCGAUUCGCUUCUUUAUUUGGAGUGGCCCAAAACUAUGGCAAUAUAAAACGAGCACCAGAAAUCCUCACAUGUCAAAUUGUUUGUCAGCGCAGUAUUACUACAAUUCAACAAGAGUUUUCCAAGACUUACAGAUCAUUUGGAUAUAGGCAACAUUCCAAAGAUUCAUUCAAACUAUUGGAUUCAAAGCGUCACUCGAACUUAUAUAACGCCCAAACUAGAUCUUUUAUAUUCGGACGUAAUAGAGACUCAGCCAAGAAACGAAAGAAACGUAUUCCUAAUCUUAUAUUAGUACAAAAUCCUUUUACUUGGUUGAUGAACAAAAUUGAUUUCGGUGUAUUAAAAUACGUUUGGGAUCCAGAUUUCCAAGAGAAAGAAUUUAAAUUUGGUACAAAACAGGCAAUAUCUCGGGUGACUCAAGUUAUAAGCCAUGGUCAGUACAGUGAGCUAAAUGGAUUGCUUACAAAAGCUGCCCGUUUAAGCUUACUACGUGAACUAGAUCGUAACUGGGGUAUAAAACAGCGAGCAUUGCUUGCACUUAAACACGAGGACAUUCAGAUAUCUUCGCCACGUAAAGUUUAUUUUAUACGGAUAGGUGAUAAAAAGUUUUGUGAUGUAGAUAUGGCGUUCUUAGCAUUGAAAUGGACUCCUAUAAACAGCAUCGAAUCGCUGCUAUUUACAGAAAUAUUUGCUCGUUUCCAUCGCGAGUACACUCCACACUGCAUACCGGAAUGGACUAUAGCUUACUUUAAAGUGACACGAUUUGAAGUUUUGCGACGA